CAGUUGACGGCGAACCGUGCGAGCAGACGGUCGUGUUCCAGUCGCAGUCCCUCAAGGAUCAGCUCAGUUAGUCGGGAACCAUCAUCAGUUGAAAAAGUCCAUCAUUACCAUCGACACAAGUGCAACGGUGUGAAAAACAGAGAAAAACUGAGUGUGUGUGCAUUUUCGUGUAAAAACGCAGGAUAUACCGUCCUAGCCAAGGAAGGAUUUAAAAACAUAAAACAAAAAAUCAAAUAACGAACGGAUUUUGCUUGUUUACAACUCUUGCGGUCGGGACUUUUACGGAUUUUCAAGGGAGUUAGUCGUGUUAGUUUGUGUGAUUUUCCGCCCCCGUUCCCUGGGUGUUUGUGUUGUGCUGCUGUAAAGUGGAAGAUGCCAUGGCAACACAUUGCUAAUCGAUGACGUGACCAAAAAACAACAAAACUAGCACACAGCAAGCGAAGGGAAAAACAGGGGAGUCCCCCGCCUCACACUUGGGAUAAUGACCAUAAACUGACUUGAUUGCAAAUUGAAAUGGCAGCAACAAUGUGAACGACCAGAAGAGCAACAAUACACCGCUGAAGAGCUCUGAAAAUAAGCAGCAGAAAAAAAGAGGAAAUAUCAGAUAGAAGCGGUCGAAAUCAUAAACAAGAAUGCCGGCCACUUGCGGAGGACUGUGAGGACUGCAAGGACUGCCAGGAUGCUGAUGCGAUGCGAAGGCGACGCAGAUUGCAUUCAAGGACCGCUGGGCCAGCAAACAAUCAGUGGGGCAGACAAUGAGAACUAAUAAAGCACUUAAGCGGAUAGAAGACCAGAAACAAGGACACCCAAGUGGAAGCGACCCUACAGCAGCAGCAGCCGCAAUAGCAUCAAUCAAAAUAAGAUUCACCCUGCCACGGGGCGUAUGAGCAACGUGCAUCAGUUUGAUACGCAGACGAUGGCGGAAUCGCCUCAAAUUAGACGCGACAUGGGUCGCCUAUGUGCCACGUGGCCUUCGAAGGACUCUGAGGACGGGGCCGGCACAGCUUUGAGGGCAGCCACACCUCUGACAGCCAACGGAGCCACCACCACCGGGCUGAGUGUUACCCUUGCCCCGAAGGACAUGCAACGAAACCACCUGCUAAAGAUGCCAACAGCAACAAUAGAGAAACCAACGAUAACAGCCACCAUCGCCAGCAGCAGCAGCACCAGCACUAGCACCACUAGAAAAUCAGUUACAGCCACACGGAGCCUGAAGUUGAACCCGAACAUUCUCCUUCCGACACUAAGGAUAUUAGCAAGGGGUCUGCUGCUACCCGCUCUGAUCCUGGCCAUCCUCGUGGGCAGCAGCCAGGCGGGAUUUGCCUGCCUCAGCAAUCCCUGUGUGUUCGGCGUGUGCAUCGAUGGCCUAAACAGCUCGUACUCGUGUUACUGCAUUGAUGGCUACACAGGGAUCCAGUGCCAAACGAAUUGGGACGAGUGCUGGUCGAGUCCUUGCCAGAACGGCGGGACAUGUGUGGACGGUGUGGCCUACUACAAUUGUACGUGUCCGGAAGGAUUUUCUGGAUCCAACUGCGAGGAGAACGUCGACGAAUGCAUGUCGAAUCCCUGCCAGAACGGCGGACUCUGCCGGGACAGAACCAAUGGCUACAUAUGCACCUGCCAACCAGGUUACCUGGGAUCUCACUGCGAACUGGAUGUCGCUGUCUGCGAGACAGGAACUGGUGCUCGUUGCCAGCACGGUGGUGAGUGCAUCGAGGGUCCUGGACUGGAGUUCACCUGCGACUGUCCGGCGGGCUGGCAUGGUCGGAUUUGCCAGGAGGAGAUUAACGAGUGCGCCUCGUCGCCCUGCCAAAAUGGAGGCGUCUGCGUGGACAAGCUGGCGGCCUAUGCCUGCGCCUGUCCCAUGGGAUAUACGGGCAUCAACUGCGAGGAGGAGAUCCUCAUCUGUGCGGACAAUCCGUGUCAGAAUAAUGCCUUGUGCUUGAUGGAGGAGGGUGUACCCACGUGCUAUUGUGUACCCGACUAUCAUGGCGAGAAGUGUGAGUUCCAGUACGACGAAUGCCAAUUGGGACCGCGGUGCAUGAAUGGUGGUGUUUGCAUCGACGGUGUCGAUACCUUCUCCUGCUCAUGUCCUCCCCUAUUGACCGGUAUGCUCUGCGAGUGCCUGAUGGUGGGUGAGGAGUCCCUGGACUGCAACUACACAGCACCGGCCACGCAAUCUCCGCCACGGAGAACUACCACCACAUCCACAAUGGCUCCACCCACAGUGAGGCCCGUCACUCCGCCGGAGACAACGGUAUCGCCAUCCAGAGCUUCAGAAGAGGUGGAGAUUAUAGUAGUUACCACAUCUGCUCCUGCGGAAGUGGUCACCUCUGUGCUAUCCCCAUCAUCCUCUUCUUCAUCGUCGGAGGAAGGCGUUUCCGUCGAGAUUAAAACACCGACUGUGGCGCCCCCAGAAAGCGGUAGCCAUAGCAUAUCCGUGGAGCAAACAACGGCCGUUCCAGCACAACCCGAACCCGAAUCCGAACAAGAACCAGAAUCUAAGCCACAUCCCGAAUCGGAAUCGGCGUCGGAAUCGGAAACGGAAACGGAGGAGGAAAUAAUUCCGGGAACUACAGCGCGACCACCAACAAGCAGAUCCUCCAGUUCUUCGGAGGAAUCUCCCAGCAUCUUCACCACUUUGCCUCCGUUGCCGGGAAAGCCUCAAACGUCUGCGUCGUCGGAAAGUUCCGGAGAAGUGGUUACCUCCGAGGAAUACACCACUGUGCCGCACUUCGAAGUGAGUGGCAGCAAAAGUGAAAGUGGUAGUGAAGAGGUCACCACUGUGCGACCCACUGCAGCACCGAGUAUCACCAUUUCAGUGGACAUCACCUCAUCCGGAAGUAGCAGUAGUAGUUCGGAAUCAGUGGAGGUAUUCACCACACCAGCUCCCGUUUUCGUGCAGAGAGUGACUACGAUCGAAACUAGCAUCUCCAUAGACUAUGUCACACCCACUCCUCUGCCGGAAACCACCACCCCACGGGUGGUCCCGGUGCCCAGGCCUACCUUUGCCCCAGAGCCACCACUGGAUGUGGUGGAAACGACUGCCUCAACUCACCACCUUUGGACAGAGGUGCCCACCACGGCGGCUCCCUUCUUCACGGAGUAUCCGGCGGAAGUGCUGAUCACUACACAUCGAACGAGUGCUGGCAGAUUCACCACAGUUCAACCACCUGCAGGUGUCACCACCACCUCACCCACUGAGGACUCAUCCGUUGAGUUACCCACUCCGCACACGCCCCAAAUUGUGGUCACCAUUUUGGAUUCAAAUGAAGUUAUACCUUCGCUGAUCACAACCACUGGAUCCCCGACAACACACCAUCACCACCAUCAUCAUCCUCACCAUGAAGCCGAAGGAACCACUCUUCAGCCUCUCGAAGAAGACGAGCACCACCAUCAUCAUCAUCAUGACGAGUUCACCACUCCACAGCCAGUGGAAAUAACUACGGGACAUCCUUUGCAAACAGAGGACCUUAUUGGAGUGCAGGAACCUGCCGUGGUGACCACAGAGUCGCCCUUUGCUCCAGCUGAGACAACUGUGGUUCCUGUGGUGGUGCCCGCUACGAUUGCACCACUUGGAACUGCAGCACCACCAGCCACACCAGCUCCUGUUCCUCCAGCGACUACCACUCCUCCUCCUUCGCCUCCUUCCUUGGCUACAGAGACACCUACACUGCCACCCACUUUACCUCCUGUUACCCUGCCACCGGUAACCCAGCCGCCGCCCACGAUACCACCCACUCCUCCAUCCACACAAUCCGCACAAACUUUACCGCCACCGACGUCGGCCAUAAAUGUUUACACCACUCCCGAUGGACCACCCACGGCUUCCCAAACGAAGCCAUCGGUCACGGAGAGCAGCGAGGAAGUGGAGGGCACAAAUACGGUCUCCACCGGCGGAAGGGGAUCCGGCGGAGUGCCCGAGGAGAAGGCAGGCGAUGUCGAUUGCAUCAAGCUGGGCUGCUACAACGGUGGCACCUGCGUAACCACAUCCGAAGGAUCGCGGUGUGUUUGUCGUUUCGACCGCCAAGGACCUCUUUGCGAGCUGCCCAUUAUCAUCCGGAAUGCCGCCUUCUCCGGCGACUCCUAUGUGUCGCACCGCAUCUACAAGGACAUCGGGGGCCACGAGUCCUUGGACGCCGUCCUGCCGAUGCACAUCCAGCUGAAGGUGCGAACCCGGGCCACCAACGGGCUGAUCAUGCUGGCGGCGGCGCAGGGCACCAAGGGUGGCCACUACAUGGCCCUUUUCCUGCAGAAGGGACUCAUGCAGUUCCAGUUCUCCUGCGGACUGCAGACGAUGCUGCUGAGUGAACUGGAAACGCCGGUCAACACCGGCCACGAAAUCACCAUUCGAGCUGAAUUGGACUUCAGCCGGAAUUACACACACUGCAACGCCUCGUUGCUGGUGAACGACACGUUGGCCAUGUCCGGGGAUCAGCCCACCUGGCUGAAGCUACUACCGCCGCGCCUUCACACCCCGGAGGCCAUCCUCAACACCUGGCUGCAUCUGGGCGGAGCGCCCCAGGCGCCGAUUGGCCUGAUUAUCGAACUGCCGCCGGCCCAAAGUGGAAGCGGCUUCACCGGCUGCCUCCAUACGCUGCGCAUCAAUGGACAGGCUCGCGAGAUUUUCGGCGAUGCCCUCGAUGGCUUUGGCAUUACGGAAUGCGGCUCAUUGGCGUGUCUAUCGAGUCCUUGCCGCAAUGGCGCCGCCUGCAUAAAGAUCGAGACCAACGAUCUGGACGAGAAUGGCGAGAAGGCGGAGAAGUGGAAGUGCAAGUGCCCCACCGGCUACAUGGGCCCCACCUGCGAGAUAUCCGUGUGCGAGGACAACCCGUGCCAGUACGGUGGAACCUGCGUACAAUUUCCGGGCAGCGGUUACCUCUGCCUGUGUCCGCUGGGCAAGCACGGCCACUAUUGCGAGCACAAUCUUGAAGUGGCCCUGCCAUCCUUCUCCGGCAGCGUCAAUGGACUCUCCUCGUUUGUGGCCUACACGGUGCCGAUUCCCCUCGAGUAUUCGCUCGAGCUGAGCUUCAAAAUCCUGCCGCAGACCAUGUCUCAGAUUUCGCUGCUGGCCUUCUUCGGGCAGUCGGGUUAUCACGACGAGAAGAGCGAUCACCUGGCGGUGAGCUUCAUCCAGGGCUACAUAAUGCUCACCUGGAAUCUGGGAGCCGGGCCCCGUCGCAUAUUCACACAGAAACCCAUUGAUUUCCGGCUGGAUGCUCCCCGGGUUCCGUACGAGAUUAAGGUGGGCCGGAUUGGAAGACAGGCCUGGCUCUCGGUGGAUGGAAAGUUCAAUAUUACGGGUCGAUCGCCCGGAAGUGGCAGUCGGAUGGAUGUGUUGCCUAUUCUGUAUCUCGGCGGUCACGAGAUAGCCAAUUUCAAUACGCUGCCACACGAUUUGCCACUGCAUUCGGGAUUCCAGGGAUGCAUAUACGAUGUACAGCUGAAGGCGGGACAGGUCACGGUGCCCCUCCAGGAGACGCGCGGGGUCAGAGGUCGGGGCGUGGGUCAAUGUGGAACCAGGGAAUGCCAUCGCCAUGCCUGCCAGCACGAUGGCGCCUGCCUGCAGCAUGGAGCAACCUUUACUUGCAUCUGCCAGGAGGGCUGGUAUGGGCCACUGUGUGCCCAGCCCACGAAUCCCUGUGACUCCUUCAACAACAAAUGCUACGAGGACGCCACCUGUGUGCCGCUGGUCAAUGGCUACGAAUGCGAUUGUCCUGUAGGACGCACAGGCAAAAACUGCGAGGAGGUAAUUCGAUCCCUGAGCGACGUAUCCCUGACUGGCAGACGAUCCUAUCUGGCGGUUCGCUGGCCAUAUCUAUACGAUGGCGGGGAUAAACUGGGCGCUAAGCGCUCCCAAAUGGUCAGCUACCGGAACUUCACCAAGAAACUAAUGCCCCCGAAGCCCAUUACCACGCCCAGCAGCCACUUUGUGAUGAAACUGCUGAAUGAGGUGGAGAAGCAGCGCAGCUUCUCGCCAGUUCCCCUGAUGGGAUCGAAGUCCUUCGAGGAGCACCAUCGAGUGCAGUUCUUCUUCAUCGAGUUCCAACUGCGCCCGCUCUCGGAAAGAGGCCUCCUUCUGUACUUCGGUACCCUGAACAACAAUCAGGACAAGAAGAUAGGAUUCGUGUCGCUAUCGCUGCAGGGCGGAGUGGUGGAGUUCCGGAUUUCCGGGCCCAGCAAUCAUGUCACGGUGGUGCGGAGCGUUCGCAUGUUGGCCAUCGGCGAGUGGCACAAGAUCAAGAUGGCGCAGCGCGGAAGAUGGCUGACCCUGUGGGUGGAGGGUAGCGCCUCGUCGGCUUUGGCUCCUUCGGCUGAGGUGCUCGUCGAGCCCGACUCACUGCUCUACAUUGGCGGGCUGAAGGAUGUGUCCAAGCUGCCGCACAACGCCAUCUCCGGUUUCCCGAUUCCGUUCAGGGGAUGUGUCCGGGGUCUGGUGGUCAGUGGAACUCGCAUUGUGCUCAACGAAACCAACAUUGUGGAAUCGCGCAACAUUCGAGACUGUGAUGGCACCGCUUGUGGCGGAGACUCCUGCGAGUCCGGAGGACAUUGCUGGCUGGACGAGAAGCUGCAGCCGCAUUGCAUCUGUCCGGAGUACGCGAAAGGAGAUCGAUGCGAGUACUCGGAGACCUGCAAGCUCAUUCCGUGCAAAAACAAUGGAAGAUGCCUGAGAAGUGGACGCUGCUCGUGUCCAAAUGGAUGGGGUGGCUUCUACUGCGAGAUUGCCAUGAGCAAGCCGACGACGCCGAGCUUCCGUGGCAACAGUUACCUGAUCUUGCCGCCGCCGCGAAUUCCGAUGAAAGACAAGCGGCGGGGACCCUCCCUGUACGUCCGCCCCCGCGAAGCCAUCCAAGUCUCGCUGAACUUCUCCACCAUCGAACCGGACGGACUGCUCCUGUGGAGCGAGCACGAGAGGAGCAAGUUCCUCGGCCUGGGCCUGGAGGCGGGCCACCUCAAGCUGGCCAGCAACCUCCUGGGCAGCACCAACGACACGGUCCGUGCUCCGGCCAGCGGAUUCAUAGCCGACGGAGCCUGGCACUGGACCAGCGUCCUGCUGGACCGGUCCAGGCUGGAGCUGCAGCUGGACGGCGAGGUGAUCUUCACGGAGCGAUUGCCCGAGGGCGGACGGUCACUGGGCUCGACCACGCCGAGAAGCACUCUGGCGGGCAGGCGCAAGAAUUCGAGCAAGGAGCCAACAAUUAGCUACGAGGAUGUCUUCUACUUGGGCGGCUUUCCCAACUCGGACUCGGUGAGCAGGCGCACAAAGGGUCGCUUCUUCGAUCCCUUCAAGGGCUGCCUGCAGGAUAUCCAGUUCGGAGCCGAGCCCACAGCGAUUAUCAGCGACUUCUCGACGUACCAGGGCGAGAACAUUGGAUCCUGUGAUCUGCACGGCGAUGAGCCGCUUACUGUAUAGGAAACGAAAUCAAAGGAAAGGACAAAGUCGGAGUAACAAGUCUAUGGAACACUUUGAUCGAUCUGGACUUUCAGGACUCGCAAACUUCUUGGGAAUCUAAUUGACGAUAGAGAGAACACUACUUGUAAGCUAAGUGAUAAGCGAGUUUAUAUGGAAAGCAGGCGAAUGGGGAGCCUCCUUCGCCGGAAUCAAUAUAUACACACAGUUUUUGGGCAAAGCUAUCGAUAGAAGAUGACAGACGAAUAAGACGAGAAAUGAACGUAAUUUUGUAAAUUUUAUAGAAAUAAAUGAAAAACGAAAAAAAGACAAUGUUUAGACUUAAACCGUGGAAACAAAUGACAAAUUAACUGGUUUAUCAAAACAAUACCAAGAGCAAAACUAAGACAAAAUUUUAGAUUAGGAGAUAAAUCUAGAAAAUACCGAUACCAGAUACAGAUAUUAACUUCUCUUACGUAAGUGAUAUUUCAUGUGGAAUAACGAUUAUGGACGAAGGAUCCAAAAAGCAACUUAACUUAUCACUAUGUAUAUUGUUUUUGUUGAUCCAGCCUUUUGUUAUGCAAUCGUUAGCAUUUGUGUUAUAACUCGAAAUCUCUCCUUAUAUCUUCAACUUUCUAAACUAAGACUACAAAACUGCCCUCGCUUCUGUCAUUCUAAGUUUUUCAAAUUAUUAAACCUAAUUUAGCUAGUUGGAUAUUCGAAUCCUUGUUAUCCCUGUACGUUAAAUAGCAUAAACACUCCUGAUUGAAGCCAUUUAGUUGCCUUGUAGUAAGUUAGCGUAUACUCUCUAUAAUUUAUCUUGAACUAACUCAAUUCGAAGUCGACUAAUCUAACAACAAAUCAAGACGCGUGCGAAAAUCCAUGCGGUCAUACAAUAUAAUUAUUCUUAUAAAUGGAAAACCAAGUAGCGGAAAGAUACAAACAAAAAUAUAUAUACAACAAUUAUACAAUACGAAACCAAAUGGAAAUUGUAACCAAAACUGUAAGUUAAGUAUGUAUUUAUUUCGAGAGACAUCUUAAUCAGUUAUAAUUUCAAAUAAAAAAAUGGGAAUUAGAAAAGUUAAUAAACU